GGCUGACGUCAGGCUGAUGCUGGGUGGAAGGGAGGGCCGGCUGCUGUGCUAUAAAGAUAGGUCAAAUCAAAUGGAAUCACCUCGGGCACAGCGAACAGGAGAGUGUGACAGUCCCCGAGCCAUGGGCUCAGCCUGGGUCCCUGUGCUGUCAAGCCGAGCGCCUGAAUCAGGUUUUGGUUUCAUGUCAGCAGCCUUCAUCUGCCUUCCAAAAAUAAGCCCCUGCCGCCAUGCCGAGGGGAGAAAAACAAGAAGGGCGGUAUUUUUAGGGCCAUUAAUUCUGACCACGUGCCUGAGAGGCAAGGUGGAUGGCCCUGGAACAGAGGCUGUUCAUCACUAUGUCCCGGACAGCAGGCCAUCUCCAGCGCACACUGCAAGCUCUUGUCUUCCUUGGUAUCCUAGUGGGCAUGGUAGUGCCCUUGCCGGCGGGCACCCGUGCCAACAGCACACUGCUGGACUCAAGGGACUGGAGCAAACUGCUGUCCAGGUCUCGUGCAAGGCUAGCUGGAGAGAUCGCCGGAGUGAACUGGGAAAAUGGCUAUUUAGUAGGGAUCAAGCGACAGCGGCGUCUCUACUGCAACGUGGGCAUUGGCUUUCACCUCCAGGUGCCCCUCAACGGCCACAUCAGUGGAACCCACGAAGAGAACCCCUACAGCCUGCUGGAAAUUUCCACAGUGGAGCAAGGGGUGGUGAGUCUCUUUGGAGUGAGAAGUGCUCUCUUUGUUGCCAUGAACAGGAGAGGAAGAUUAUACACAACGCCCAGCUUCCAAAACGAAUGCAAGUUCAGAGAAAUCAUUCUGCCCAACAAUUACAACGCCUAUGAGUCAGACUUGUUCCGAGGGACCUACAUUGCACUGAGCAAAUAUGGACGGGUAAAGAGGGGCAACAAAGUGUCCCCAAUGAUGACCGCCACUCACUUCCUUCCCAGGAUAUAAAGGCACAUAAACAAAGGUUCACAUAUGGAAUUCUGCAUGAGCAAACAAUCCCCCCAAUCUCCCAUGACUUCUCAGUCAGACUUAUCUUGUGCCUGGGGAGACCUGGGUUGGAUUUCCUUGGCCAGUGGACCCCAUGGCAUGUAACCCACUCCAGGGGCUGCAACAGACACCAUAGAAUGGCAAUGGAGCCUGUUCUUAGAACUCAUCUGUGGUGAGAAGGUGUUGGUGACGCUUGUGGAAUGUGAGCAUGUGCACAGGACAGGGCCAGGGUGGGCGAGUGUAUGUCAGUGUAUAUCCAUACAUCUCCAUGUAUAUUCUCAGAGCAGAGGCAUCUCAAAGCAUCAAGUUUCUCUCGCUCAGCGUCAUCACUGCAGGAAUUCGCCUGUAAGAAUGUCACCUGCCAAACCAGGAGGACUGAUGUGUCCUGCCAUUCUGCCACUUUCCAGCCAUCUUUUCAUUCAGAGGCCACUAACUGCACGGACCAUGCUGGUGGCCAGGAGCAGCUGUCCUCCAAAUGCAGAGAGGGCAGGCAGGGAGGGCAUAAGGGUUAACUGCAAGCCAGAAAAGGAGUGACAAGAUGCCCCAAAUCUUGAUGGGGCUCUGGGGUGCUGGGAUGCACCAUCAGGGAAGGUGGGGAAAGAGCUCCUGCUAGGUAGAGAGCUGUGCAGAGCGGGUGAGGAAGUCCGCCGAAGGCAGAAGAGGCACUGGAUGUUCUGUGACAGCCCUUCUGCCUGGAGGACUCAACACUAGUGUGUGGCUUCCAGGACAAGCAAGGGCCAGGCUGCCUGCCUGUGGCUUUUCCUCACUUUGAACCGGAACUUAUUUUAACCUCAGAUGACAAGGAUCCUAAUAAUGGCAACCUCUUUGGCAAGGAAGGGGCUGCAAAAUAGGGCAUGAAGGAAGUAGAGAGGCUUUGGACUGCAAACGAUCAUUCCUCUCCAAGUAUGUCCAGGAAACUCGCCCAAGUUCUCAUCUGAUACUGUCACUUCCUUCUUGGGCACCUUCCUCUCGCAUACGCACUGCAGCCUGGAUUCAAUAGAAUGGACACUGUGACCUCCAGAGUUUGUCCCCUCUGCUCCCUACAGUAGGAAAGGAGUGCUAAUCCUGUGAAAUCAAGCAGCCAAGCUGAGACAGAUCCUUGCAGCACAAUGCCUUCUGGUGUCCUCUCCUUUGAGAGUAUUUAAAGCAGAGGUUCCCCAAGUAACUAUAAAUGUGGUCUGCCUGGAGCCUUUGGAUUCCUGAACCAGUGGAAUGUUCCUAAAUCUGAAACCAGAGAGAGCCGUAUGGGAGUGCAAAUAUGUUCGGCAUAUGUGAACCCAUUGAGUUACAAAAUGACCUGACACCCUCUGCUACUCUUGGGGCCCCGACCUGCAAGACAAUCCUUCAUCUGUUGCAAAUACCUUCAUCUCCAACAUGCCUCUCUAUUCACAGAGGAAUCCAUCUAUAGAUAGAUCUGGGCUGAGCGAUUCUGAACUGAAGACAGAGGUUGGUAACCCACAGGAGAGACACUAUAUUAGCCUCCUCCUCUGCCCUGCUAGUGGGACAUGGGCUGGGUGGGGAGGAAAAGGCCACACCAAGAUAAGCUAAGGUUUAAUAGCCAGUAGAUGCUCAGGAGCACAUGUAAACAUGAUAAAGUCUCAGAUGGAAACUAGAAGAAGCUGAGUUUUGAGUCAGGUAAAAGUUGGGGGGAAAUUCACCCAUCUUGACAUUUGAAAGCUGACAAUUUUUAAAGAAGUCUUGCCCAGUGUAAUCAGUCUCUUCAAUAGAUCACAUCAGAAAUGGAGGUAUGCAGAACCUCAAACAUGCAUCCAUUCCUGUUGUAACUGGGAGCACAAGACCCCUGGGAAGAUGCUGGACUGGGACCCAGAUAGGAGAGAAAAUGCUAGGUCCCAAGGCUCCUUCCUUCAUAAAUCUAGUUCAAUUGGUCUGAGAGGAAGCAGUCUUCUAAAGAGAAUCUGCCAGGCCCGGGAUUGCUAGACUUUCUUAGAUCGCUCUAGAAUUUUCAAAAAAAUAGCCCAGAUCCUGAAAAGAGGUCUCAUUGAUUAUGUCUAUCCUCCCUUUUCAUGCUAGGCGUAAGACAGAGAAGCUGUAAAAUGCCUACAAUAAGGCAGGUUUGGGUGUUCAGCCUCUAUGUAGCAGUAACCGCAGACUGAUUUUCUAUGCCUGGUGCUGAUUAGGAGGCGCUGAGCAUCUGUUCCAACUUGUAGCAGGGCCUGUGGGGUGUUAGUUGUGAAGCAGUUUGGGUAUUAGCCCAGGAUGCAGGGAUAAAUGGUUGCUGGUUUUGAAACUUUUCAUGCAAAAGUAUUCGCUCAAGGGCUUUAUCUUUGACCUAUACGUGAUUUGGGCUUAAGAAAAGUCAGUGCCCAUCCACAGAAGUGGGUUAAGGGAUGGCAGCGGAAUAAGAUCAGCAAGGAGCAAGCAUCUCAGUCCCUUCUCUCAGGCUACUCUUCACAGGUGUAGAGUUUUCCUACCUGGCCACUUGGCCACUGAGCCUUAAACUUGGUCAUAAGCCCCAUGGAUUCAAAAUGCUGCAGCAAAUGUUGCCAUGGGUGGGCAAACAGAGUGAGCUCCUCUCGCUCACAAAUAUGCUGUACUAAGAAGUAUUUGGGUCCUUCCUAUCCCAAAUCCUGAGCAAUAACCCUGGUUUACAGAUUUGUCUUUGUUUAUUUCCCAAGAUUAGGGAAUUGAACUUAGAAGAACUCUACCUCUGAGCUAGAAUCCCAGUCCUAUUAUUGUUACUAUUAUUUUGAGACAGGAACUAGUUACAUUGCCCAAACUAUCCUCAGCCCUGCAGUCCUCCCAACUCACCUUACGAGUAGCUGGGAAUGCAGCUAACUGGCUUCUCUUUGGUCCUGAAUCUUCUUUGGCAGCUCCACACAAACUUGGGGUUCCAAGAGCCAAGAGAUUGUUUUACCAUUUCUUUAAGUACAAACCAUAAAGAAAAGAACAGCUUUCCCGCAUAUGUUUGGAGAUCUUUUCACCUGAGAGGAGAUCAGCUCAGAAACAAGGGAGGCCUAGGACCUUCGUAAAACCUCCAUCUUCCUCAGGGAAGUGGACUGACCUCAUGGUUCUAGGAAACCAGAGAAUUCUAAGUCCCUUGCUCAAACUGUUGAUUAUGUUUGUCUCACUAUUCGCAUUCACUCUCCCUCUCCACUUCCUAUACAGCUUUUAACUUCCCUUGGAAGGCAGGAUUUAAUUUUAUGAUGAAUACCACCUAAUCCUUGUCCUGCAGAGCCUCCUCCUCAGCGGCCACCUCACAGCUCCUCCAGCACUCAUAAUUACCCUCAUGUAGGCCUUGGUUAAGGUCACCCUGUGGCUUAGGAAAGAGAAUGUUUUAUCUCAUCAUCUGAUUCAGGAUAUCAAUCUCUCUCUUCACUAGACAUACAGUAGCGAGCUCCCUCCAGGCUGGUCCUCAAGCCUGUCCCCAGUCUUUCCCUAGGCAGCGUGGAAAUCUCCUUCCACUCUCUGGGCCCUUUUUCUCUAAGACCUCAGAUCCUCCCAGUUCUCCCUGUGCAAGGCCUGACGGAAGAAGGGCAUGGAAGCACCAAUGGGCUGCUCUUCUUUCUCCCCGUGUCUGACACCCACUGCCUUUGCUGUGCUAUGCAGUGGUCACUGAGGCAGACAUAGCUACCAAAUGCAGUCGCUGACCUGAGACCCCACAGUGUCCUCUCUGCCCUGUGUUCCCUUCUUUCCCAUUCCAUCUGGACACAAACUGGGAAAGUCCUCCACCUCUCUGUGUCUGUGCUUUUCCCCAAGCACUGGGCUGAUGGCUGCUGAGGACAUGUCUCCACCACUUGCCACCCCUUGUAUCUCUCGUAAUUGUUCCUCCCUCCAUUCCCAGAAAGAAUCAGCAAUGUCCCUGCCACGUCUCUGAAAAGCUCCCAAAAUAGGAAUUUUCAGGAUAAAACUAGAAUAGACAAAAUUACCCCAGAGCACGCUUAUACCUGAGUGGAUGAGUCUUUUCCCAGAGUAGGACGAGUCCAUGAUUGGGCCUCAGUCAGAUCCUGAGUCUAAUGCAGCGUGCAGACAGCCAGCACACGGUCCUGUUUGUAUACCUCAUUGAACUACUGAAAUUCCAGCCACAGAUAGCUGUAACUCAUUACGGACCUCAGGCUGGGUCCCGGUGCAGAGCUGUCCUCAACUUGAGUACAGCAGGAAAGAAAACCACAAGUUGUUCAGAUGUAUGCUUGUGAACUGUAAUGCUUCCAUUUUUUAAAAUAUGUAUGUGCUAUGCACAAACCAUAUCAUGUUCCAGCAAAAAGUAAAAGGUCUUUUUAUACGUUUCUCUAAACUGUUUGACUCUAUCCCUCCUAUUAAAACAGAUGGCAAAUC